AGCGGUUCGGGGGUAAAGUAUCUGCAGAAGAUGGACACGUAUAAAUAGUCCGUGCCGCGAAAAAUCAUAAGGACAACAAGUGGACCGAAAUCGCGGAGAGCAACAGAAAUUUCAAAACGCAGAAGUAGAAGGAAGAAGAAUCGUGAAUCAAAUUCGAUUGAAGAAAAAAUGUUUCCUGUUUGCAACCUUUCUCCUGUUUCUCUGCAACCGGGCAUGGUGAUUCCGGUUCCCGGAAAAUCUACCGGACAGUCUUCGUUUCUCUCUGUCACCAACUCCUCGUCUUCCGGCGAGAGAAUCAGCACGCGCCCAAGUACUAUUUCGCCAUUCGAAUCCCGAAUCUCACUCGUUUUCGCUCUCGCUUCUCAAGCCAACUCUCUCAGCCAGCGACUUCUAGCUGACGUUGCUGCCGAGACUGCCAAAUACUUGUUUCCGAAGAGAUUCGAAAGCCGUAAUCUCGAGGAGGGGUUGAUGAGUGUUCCGGACCUUGAGACUGUCGAGUUCAAAGUUUUGGGCAGAAGGGACCAGUAUGAGAUUCGGGAAGUUGAGCCUUACUUUGUGGCUGAGACAACAAUGCCUGGGAAGAGGGGAUUUGAUUUCAAUGGUGCUUCUCGGUCCUUUAAUGUCUUAGCUGAGUACCUUUUCGGUAAGAAUACAAAGAAUGAGAAAAUGGAGAUGACUACACCUGUUUUCACUAGUAAGAAUCAAUCUGAUGGGGUUAAAAUGGAUAUGACAACUCCUGUGUUAACAACAAAGAUUGAAGAUCAAGACAAGUGGAGAAUGUCUUUCGUCAUGCCAUCAAAGUAUGGUGCUAACUUGCCACUGCCUAAAGAUUCCUCUGUGACAAUUAAAGAGGUGCCCCGAAAAAUAGUUGCUGUAGUUGCCUUUUCAGGUUUUGUGAAUGAUGAAGAAAUUAAGCAGCGCGAACUGAAACUACGAGAAGCUUUAAAAAGUGAUAGUCAGUUUAAGAUUAAAGAAGGAACUUCAGUAGAAGUUGCACAGUAUAAUCCACCAUUUACUCUUCCAUUUCAACGCCGUAAUGAGAUUGCAUUGGAGGUGGAAUGGAAUAAUAAGUAGGAAUAGUAUUCACCAAUUUGAGGUACUUCUGAAUUUCCACCACUGAUGCUGUAAGCUGUAAAGGUUGACCAGUUCAAUAUCAUGUAUCGGAUUGCAAUAAUAGAUUUUUUGUUCUCAAUAUUGAUGCAUGUCUUGUAUUUUAUACAUACACACACACAAUAUUAGAGUGGGAAUUGUACAAUCAAUGAUGGAGGAUGUACCAAUUAAUGCAUGUUUAAAUCUAGCAUUGUAAAAUUACA